ACACUCUGACACAGAGUCGGGAGAGGAAGAAGGCGAGGCGCGCGCGCGGGGUGUGUGUUCCUCAAAGCGCGGCGAACAGAGCAGAGCUAACUUACAUCAGAUCAGGAGCUUCAGCGCUUCAGAGGAACACAGCCAGAAAGAAGUUCAGAAACCAAACCAGGACCCUCUGGAUCAGGACCACCAUGAUCACAUGACCUUUUUUGAAUGGAUUUAAAGGGAUUUUAAUCUUUAUUUUUCAUCAUCACCACCAUGAACCGCAGACAUGUGUUUAUUUGACUGCGCGUGAGCCGCCGCCACCGCCGCUGUGAUGUCGUGCAUAAACGCGUCCAACUGCACGCUGGACGCGGCGGACGCGGCGGAGGCGGCCUCGUACGCGCCCGUGCGCGUGUGGGCGUCGGCGGCCGCCUGCCUCAUCCUUUUCAUCUUCAACCUGCUCAUUAGCUGGACGAUCGUGCGCGAGCCGCGGUUGCGCGGUCACGCGCGCUUCGCGCUGGUGGUGCACCUGCUCGUGUCUGCGUGCGCCUACUUCGCGCUGGGCUUCGCCUUCCACCUGCAGGCGUACAGCGGCGCGGGUCUGAGCCCGGCCUCGUGCGCCGCGCUCGUCAUGGCGCUCACCACGAGCGCGUGCAGCAUCCUGCUCACCAUCACGGCCAUGGCGCUGGACCGCUAUGUGGCCAUCUGCUUCCCGCUGCGCUACGGCGGCGGCGGGUGCCGGGGCGCGUGGCCGUGGCUGUUGGGCGUGCUCACGUGGGGGCUGGGCGCCGUGGUCCCGCUCAGCCUGUACGGGGACGUGUACCGGAGAGCGUCGGAAAACGGGAGAUGCGACCGCGGCGCGCUGAAGGGCGGCGAGGUGCACAAGGUCCUGCUGAUCUCCGCGUGCACGCUGCUCAUCCUCUACAGCUACGCGCGCAUCUUGUGCGAGGGCCGCCGGCUGGGCGUGCUGAACCGACGCAACCGCGCGGGCUGCCGGACCAUCGCGCUGCACGGCGCGCAGCUGGCCGUCUACAUUCUGCCCAACUUCGUCAACUUCGCGCUGCACGUGCUGCUGAAGUGCGGCCUGCUCAGCAGCGCUGCCAAGGAGCGCGCGGCCGUCAUCGUCUUCGUGUUCUUCAGCCUGGCGCAGUGUAUCGCGCCCGUCGUCUACGGCCUGCGCAAAGAGGAGCUGCUGGAGCAGCUGGGCCAGCGCUUCCCCCGCCUCAGCGGCAGACUCAAGACCCUGCUGGAGUGGACGGUCGGGCUGGUCCGGCCUCACGCGAGGACCCAGCAGAGGCAGAGGAGAUUGACAUCAGAGACACUUUUAUCGAGGGAGACAUCACAGACGUCUGUAUAACUGCCAGAGACAUUAAACACGAGGAAGAGUGCAGAGGACUGUACAUAUUGCUUACCUGAGCCGUGAAACAAUCUAAAGACUGAGGAACUCUAACUGAUGAACACUGAACUAAAGGACUGCAGCUAAGUGGCAGGGAUAAAGUUGAGAAGAGCUAAAAACUUGCUGUCUUCUUUUCUUCUACUAAACUGUGCUCCUGCAUUACAGACGCUGUGAAGCUUCUUCUGCACUGUUGGAAUGACCUGUAUAAGAGGAAUAACUGUUUGCUAUUGUUCCUGUGAACUGCUUGGUUGGUGGAUGCGUGUUGCUAUUAGAACAAAACCUACCAAAUUGGUACCUUCUAAGAAGAAUAAAUUUUCUGUUUUGACUUUUUAAA